AUGAAGAUUGCUUUCUUUCCUUGUCUCGCUAUCCUGUUAUGCAUUCUAACAGUAACAACCAGAGCUCAUGAAAUUUCCCAUACGUCAAAGAACAGAGAUUUCCAUGUCUCUAAACAUCUUGUUAGUGCACCAAAAAGAAACAGUGCGAGUGCCGUUGCAGACAUAAGUGGCAACAUCAAUAAGUUUGAGUUGGAAACCAAUAGUUUUAUACCAGAUGUUGAGAAAAAUCAGAGAGGAAAGGGAUCAAAUGGGGGUGGAAGUAUUGCUCGCCAGCCACGUAAUUCAGCUGUAACAGUUGAGCGGCCCUCCAUCUUCAUCUCAACUACUUAUAUCAUUUCUUGCUUGCUGCUUCUCCUGGUGUAUGAAGGAGAGAGGGCUAUGACAAAAGACAACAACUUUCUUGAAAAAUUUGAGCUCAAGGGUGGUGAUGUGCCUAUGGAAGGAAAUGCCGAUACUGGAGCUGGUUAUGGCAAAGAAGGAUCUGCAGAUAGUGGUCUAGGGACUAAGAUAGAGGAAGUGGAUUAA